AUGUCUGAGAAAGUACCUUCCAUCAAGUUCAACAACGGUUAUGAAUACCCAAUUUUAGGUUUGGGUACCUGGAAUUCGAAACCAGGUGAAGUUGUCGCAGCUGUUAAAGCUGCUAUAGAUGCAGGAUACAGGCAUUUCGACUGUGCUUUUGUGUAUGAAAAUGAAGAACAAGUCGGUGAAGCUAUAAGUGAAAAAAUAAAAGAAGGAGCCGUGAAACGGAGUGAUUUGUUCAUUACUAGCAAGUUGUGGUGUACUGCCCAUAAAAAGGAAUUGGUUGUUGAUGCUCUGAAGAAAACAUUAAGCAAUUUAAAAUUGACAUAUUUGGACUUAUAUCUUAUACAUUGGCCUAUGGGUUUUAAGGAAGGAGAUAAUCUUUUCCCAGUUGAUAAGAAUGGCAAGAUUUUGCCUAGCGACAGUUAUUUUACCGAAACAUGGAAGGGUAUGGAAGAAUGUGUCAAAGAAGGAUUGGCAAGAUCCAUUGGAAUUUCCAAUUUUAACAUAAAACAAAUUGAAGAUGUUCUAAGCGUUGCUGAAAUUAAACCAGUCAACAAUCAGGUCGAAUGUCAUCCUUAUUUAAAUCAACAGAAAUUAAUAGAUUUCUGCAAAGAAAAAGACAUUUCGAUAACAGCUUAUAGCCCCCUUGGUUCUCCCGACAGGCCUUCAGCCACUCCAAAUGACCCCGUUCUCCUCGAAGAUCCUACCGUCAAGGAUCUUGCGAAAAAAUAUGAAAAAACCCCUGCCCAGAUUCUCAUCAGGUACCAGAUCCAGAGAGGUAUACCUGUAAUCCCUAAAUCUGUUACAAAGUCAAGGAUCGAAAGUAACUUUAAAGUAUUCGAUUUCACAAUUUCCGAUGAUGAUAUGGCUAAAUUAAAUUCUUUGGAUAGGAAUUGUCGAAUGGUCAAUUUUGACAUGUGUGACCAACAUAAGGACUAUCCUUUUACUAAAAAUUAA